AUGACUGACGACUUACAAGAUGCCGAAGGUGUUGAUAUUGGUAAAAAACAUAAACUAGGACAUUUACGUGUUGAUACUCAAGGAAAUGCAACAUUUAAACGUUUACCAACUAAUCAACUUGUUGAAGCACUUCAAUUAGGUAUUCAAUAUAGUGUUGGUGGUUUAGAAGCAACACCAGCACAUGAUGUACUUUAUCAAGAUUUUCUUACUGUUGAAAUAAUACAUUUUCCAAAAGGUGGAAGAACAACACCAAAAGCAACACCACCACAUCGUUUUAAUGAUUUUACAAUUCGUUCAUAUGCACCUGUUGCAUUUCGACAUUUUCGAGAAAAAUUUAAUAUUAAACCAGAAGAUUAUUUAUCUUCAAUAUGUAAACCUUUUCGUGAAUUAAAAAAUCCUGGUGCAAGUGGAAGUUUAUUUUAUUUAACAUCAGAUGAUGAAUUUAUUAUAAAAACAGUACAAAAAAGAGAAGCAGAAUUUUUAAAAACUCUUCUUCCUGGUUAUUAUAUGAAUGUUACACAAAAUCAACGUACACUUUUACCAAAAUUUUUUGGUCUCUAUUGUUAUCAAGUCACAGAAUUUUUAAGAAGAAAUAAAAAUGGGUCUGGUGAUAAUAAAAAUAUUCGUAUAACUGUUAUGAAUAAUUUAAUUCCAUCUCAUAUUCAAAUGCAUGAAAAAUAUGAUCUUAAAGGUUCAACAUUCAAACGACGAGCAAAUAUUGAAGAACGACGUAAAGAAUCUCCAACAUGGAAAGAUUUAGAUUUUAUGGAACAUCAUCCAAAUGGUUUACUACUUGAUUCCGAUACAUUUGCUGCUCUAGCAAAAACAGUUGAACGUGAUUGUCGAGUACUAGAAAGUUUUCAUAUUAUGGAUUAUUCAUUCCUGAUUGGUGUCCAUCAUGCAAGUGUACAUACAGAUUCACCAAGAGAGCGUCGAGCUGAAAGCGGUGCAUCAAAUGAUUCAGCAUUACCACCAUCUGCACUACGUAGAAUGUACUCAACACCAAUGGCUAAUAUUCAAGCUGAAUUUGAAGAACAUAAUAAACCUGAUGAUGAUCAUCUUGCUAAAACUGGUGGUAUUCCAGCAUUAACAACUGAUGGUCAAAGAUUAUAUCUUUAUGUUGGUAUUAUUGAUAUAUUACAGUCAUAUCAAUUACGAAAAAGACUUGAACAUAGAGUCAAAUCUGUUAUUACAGAUGGAUCACAAAUAUCCGUCACACAUCCAAGUUAUUAUUCUGAACGAUUUCAAAAAUUUCUUUUUAAUACUGUAUUUAGAAAACCAUCACCACGACUAUCAAAAUCAGGUACAAUAAUAGGACUAAAACAAACAGCAAAUAAUUAUUAUACAAAUGCACCAUCGAAUCAGACUUCAUCGAUAAAAUCAUUGAAUGGUAUAUCUUAUUCUAUUCCAUCGAAAUCAGUUCAUUCAAGUUCAAGUUCAAGUGCAGAAACAACAAAUAGUCAUUCAAUACCGAAUGGUACAUCAAGACAAAGUGAUCAACGAACUAUUCAUGGAAGUUCAACAACAUUUUAUGCUAGUUCACAUCAAUCAGAUUCUUUAUAUAAUGAACCAACAUAUAGAACAUCAGGAAGAGUUUUAACAACAAAAUUUGAUAAUAAUCAUACAAAUAUUUCAAGAAUGAAAUUUUAUCGAGAUUUAUCAACACCACCAGUUAUUGAUGUCGAAAAACGUCGCAAUUUAUUAACAAAUGAUAGAAAUGUUGGAAAAAAAUUCUCACCAUCUACUACUAAUUUAUCAUAUCGCAGCAAUUUAUCAGAAUAUUCUUCAGAACAUCAUCAACAAAAUCAUCAAUCAUCAGAGGAAAUUACUCGACUUUGA